UCGUUUGUCAAAACUUGUUUGUAACGUCCCGAAUUUUGAAAACUGUUUCAAAUCAAACGUUCAACUUGUGUCGUUUUUGUGUUCCUGUUUAUUUGAAUCUAAGUUUUAUUUAAUUUAAUAUUGUUUAGUGUGGUGGCGUACUUAUGAUAUUGUUAUAAUUGUGUUGGUGGAGCAGCAAUAGAUAUUUAAAAUGAUAACGACGACUCAGGAUGUCAAUAAAUUGUUCAAUGAAGUCCUCCAAGAGAUAUCCCAGAAUAUCCGGAACAUGAUGGAGGAGCUAUGGCUGAACUGGUCCCACCUUGGCGUGGACGACAGCACCAAGGUCGUGAACAUCACCAAGCUCGUGCAGAUCGAGAAGGAGCUUCACCGAGACGUCAUCUUUGAGACCCGGCAGAAAGUCAAGAUUAUGCAAGCUCAAGUUGAUAAACUGAAGGAAGAAACAGAAGAGUUAAGCAAAUGCCUCUCGGUGGACAUCACCAUCCUCGACUUCAAGGAAGACAUGAUGCUGAUUGAGUAUAAGAGGGGAAUUGAGGAGCAAAUUGCUGGGUACCGAGAACAAGUGGAGCAACGCAAGAUGAAGAUGGACCGUCUGUUUGAGUGGCAGCGUGACCUGACAGAGAAGCUCGGGGUCACCAUCCAGGAGCUGAAGGAGGUGCCUCUGCCCUCGGAGGAGGAGCUGGACCGGCUGAAGGAACACCUCGUGAUCCUCCAGGCCGAGAGGGACAAGCGAGCAGAGAUCUUCCUCAACACCCAGAUGGAGAUUAAGGAAAUUAUGGACAAACUACAAAUGAAGCCUUCCAACAAGUUCGAGCAGGUGGUGCUGUCAUCGCUGUCGGUGGACUUCAAGGUCACCGACCUCAACAUGGACCGGCUCGGCAAACUGCGACAGGACCUGCAGGAGAAGUACGAGCAGACCAAUAACAGGGUGCUAGAGCUUCGUGAGCGUCUGACCAAGCUGUGGGACUGCCUUGAAGAAGACCAGAUCUACCGGGAGAGCUUCCUGCAGUCGCACCCGGGCUGCCACGCCGCCGCCGAGGCCGCCAUCCGGGACGAGCUCAAGAGGUGCGACCAGAUCAAGCGGCAGAAGAUACAGGUGUUCAUAGCGAACGUCCGCACGAAGAUCAAGCUGAUGUGGGACAGCUGCAUGUACGGCGCGGCCGAGCGGGAGCAGUUCGUGCACUACUACCAGGACGUGUUCUCGGAGGACACGCUGACACUGCACGAGCUGUACUUGGACAAGAUCACCAAGUUUUAUGAGGACCACAAAGAAAUCUUCGAGCUGGUAGCCAUGCGCAAGAACCUCUGGUCCAAGAUGUGUGAGCUAGAAGGGCGAGCCACGGAGCCGGGGCGCUACCACAACCGCGGCGGGCAACUGCUCAAGGAGGAGAAGGAGAGGAAGGCUAUUGCUAGCAAUCUCCCCAAAAUCGAGGCGCAACUCCGCGAGCUAGUGAGCCACUUCGAGGCGCGCACCGGACACACGUUCACGGUGGAGGGCCGCCCGCUGCUGCAGCUCAUACAAGAGGAGUGGGACACCAGGAAGACCGAGCGCGCGAACAAGCUCUCCGCGCGCAAGCAAGCGCUCACUCCCAAGGACGCGGCGCUAUUCCGCAGCCUCGCCACGUCGCCGCUAGGUAAGCGGAACCGCACCGCCGCCGGCCUGGCCGCCACACAGGAGAAGAACAGACCUCCGUCGAAGAGACAGCUCAUAACGGGCAGCGCCACCAAGGCGGUCACCACCUUCACCAACAACCUGUCUGCGCUGAAGAGAUCCGCCAUUUCCACCGUCAAGAGGCGUGUGUCCGGGCGUCUGGCGGCUCGUGCUAUGGAGAACAGUGCGGUCGUGAAGCGGAAGCUGGACUACGGCGGAGACAACAACAACAAGAGGACACCUAAAGCCACCGUCAAUGGCAGCAUCCUCAAGCAUAAGCGCACGUCUCACGGCAAGCGGCGAAGCGGCGGGCGCAAGUCGCUGUCGGCGCGGUCCAACAACUCCGGCUCGCAGGACGACACGCGCCGCAAGGACCCCCUCAUGGAGACCACCAUGCUCACCACUUACACUGACUUUAAGGACGGUAUAAACGAGAAGCAGAUCAGCCGCAGCUCCAUGGCGACCGCCAAGCCCUUCGAGAUCCCCACCAUCAACGUGUGCCAGACCAUCGACGAGCGGAACACGCCGUUAAAAAAAACGCCAAAAACGCCAGUCCCACUCACGCCUAAGAUCGGCAAGGAAAACAUCCAACACAACCACCUACCCAUGACACCGAAAAACAACCUUAUGUACACACCGACAAGGCUCACCAGAUCAGCCCUAAAGCUGAAUAAUGAUGGGUUUGCUACCCCCCGCGCGCCGCUCAGCGCGACCAAAGUCAACAUGCAAAGGCAAAAUACUAUGUCCAAUAUACAAGUCAAAACCAACACACCGAACAACCUGAGUAGGUCGAAAACACACACGCAUUUAGUACGGGUAAAGAACCUUCCGCCUCUUAUAUAAAAAGUGAUAAUUAAGACUGAGCUAAUCUAUAGAUUUUAUCGUUUUGCUUUGUAUAAUCUUUUGGCUUUUUAAGAGCUUCGAGGUAGCAAAUUGAUGAAAUGUAUGGGUUAUGUGGGUAUUUUAAUAUAUUGUAAUGUUAUGUUGUGACAAUAAUGUUAAUUGAAUUAGAAUCAGUUUAAUUCUUAGCCAGGUUUUGGCUCAUUGUCUGUUAGGCAAUAACAAUGAAACAUCAAAUACUAAUUACUCCGUGAUAUAAAUAUGUUCAUUUUGUGGUUGUAUAAAUAUUUCAUUUUUAAAUAGAAUCUCAUAAUUUCAAAUAUUGCAUACGAAUUAGGUACAACAUAAAAAUAUGACAUAUUAUCGAAUUUGCAAUUUUUAUAAUUUACUUUAAAAUAAUUUUGAACUGUUAUUCUCAAAUAUAAAGUGAUACGCUUUGAUUGAGCUUUAUAGUUUCUCGUGAUAAGAUUUAUUGUAUAAGGUAUUUGAACAAUGAAAAGUAUUUUUUGUGUAUAGUCUUGCGUUUGGUUUAUCAUUAGUUAUUAUGUCGUGUUUAAGUUUUUGACGGUAGUUUUAUUUUUAAUAUUGAUCUAUGAUAGAGCCCAAGUUUAUAAGGGGGCUGAGGUUUGAAAUAUUAGAUGCAAGUUACUCCAGUGGAACUGGUUUUGAUUUGUUUAUAUAUUUUGCACAUGCUAUUGAUAUUAUUCAUUUUAUGAGUAAUUUUGCAGUUUACAAUGGCAGCUUUAUUUCAAUGGUUUUUCAAAUUGCAUUUAGUACUUAAUAUUGUAUCAGUAUUUUAAUGAAAGAGAAUACUUACUAAUGUUUUCUAAUUUUAUAAUAAUUAAUGCAGAUGUUAUAGAAUUUAUAAAUGCUACUUGAUACUUCAUUUAAUAUAAUUGCUCGAUUUUGAAUAUUCUGUAAAUUAUGGUUGUAAUAUAUUUCAAUACUUUAAA